AAUUUGGCGUUGCUGGGCCGCCGGUGCUUCGUGGCGGCUGCGCGCUGCCGUCGGUCGGUCGGGCGGCGAUGGCGCUGACUCUGUACUCGCUGGUUCAGGCCGCUCUGCUGUGUGUGAACGCCGUGGCCGUGCUGCAUGAGGAGCGAUUCCUCAGCAAGGUUGGCUGGGGAGCCGAACAGAGUGUGGGUGGUUUUGGAGAAGAACCAGGAAUUAAGUCACAGCUGGUAAAUCUGAUCCGAUCUGUACGCAUGGUGAUGAGACUGCCAUUGAUAGUGGUGAAUUCCAUAACAAUUGUACUGUUGCUACUAUUUGGGUGAAGAUUGGAAAUGGUGUCAACACUUCAGUGACGAGAUGAAGCCAAGUUUUCCACAGGAGUGGAAAGUUGCAACAUGUUCUGUUUAACUCCAUAAUCUCAAAGAUUUCAUGGAAUAUAUGCAAAGAAACUCAUUGCAUUACUUCCCAUAUUGAUUUGUACACAUCAGAAAUAAAAAUAAAGAUAUCACUGGCCAAGAUAACUUGUCAAUACCCUGUGUAAACUAAGCUAUGGACUUUUACAAAUUGUCUGUAAUUAAAGAUGUUGGCAAUUCGCCUUUCUGA